AUGUGGGCAUUGAUGGCUGUCACCAUUUUGAUUGCUGGAUCGAUGACAGAAACAUUAAACAUUUUAAGUGAAGAAAUGCAAAUGAAUCGUAAAGUGGACCCUGAAGUAUACAUGAAUGUUAGUGAGCUGAUCAGAUACAGAGGAUACCCCAGUGAAGAAUAUGACGUGGUCACUGAUGAUGGAUAUAUUCUGACCGUAAACAGAAUUCCACAUGGAAUCAAGGUAAAGCAUACAGGUCGUAAACCUGUAGUAUUCUUACAACAUGGCCUGCUUGCAGAUGCUAGUGUCUGGGUCUCUAACUUUGAGUACAAUAGUCUCGGGUUUAUCCUGGCUGAUGCCGGCUAUGAUGUCUGGAUGGGAAAUAGCCGGGGAAACACCUGGUCCCGGAAACACAAGAGCCUGUCACCUAAAGAUAGAGAAUUCUGGGCUUUCAGCUAUGAUGAAAUGGCGAAGAAAGAUAUUCCCGCUGUUAUUGAAUUCAUUUUAAAAACAACACAUCAAAAACAAAUAUUUUACAUUGGUCAUUCUCAAGGAACCACUUUAGGAUUUAUAGCAUUCUCUACUAUGCCCCAGAUGGCCAAAAAAAUCAAACUAUUUUUUGCUCUAGGUCCAGUUGUUACUCUUCAACACUCCAUUGGUCCAAUUGCAGCUUCCAAAUUUCUGCCAGACUGUCUUAUUGAGGAAAUUUUUGGUCACAAAGAAUUUCUGCCAUCAACAAGCAUUAUGAAGCGACUGGCCAAUAAAUUCUGCAGUCAUGCAGUGCUCGAGGAAAUAUGUGGCAAUGCUUUGUUCAUCCUGUGUGGAUUUAAUAAGUGGAACAUCAAUAUGAGUCGGGUGCCUGUGUAUAUUUCUCACUGUCCUGCUGGAACAUCUGUGCAAAAUAUGCGUCACUGGUCACAGGCUCUGCAUUCUGGCCAGCUGCAGGCUUACGACUGGGGUCAAGAAGGAAAUAAAAAACAUUACAACCAGACCACCCCUCCUUUGUACAGAGUAAAAGGCAUGAACGUUCGCACAGCAGUGUGGAGUGGGGGCAAUGACUGGGUGGCCGAUUGGAAGGAUGUCUCCUUAUUACUGUCUGAAAUAAACAACCUGAUCUAUCACAAGGAGAUUCCAGAGUGGCAACAUCUAGACUUCAUCUGGGGUCUGGAUGCUCCAUAUCGAAUGUACAAUGAAAUCCUCCAACUGAUGAACAAGUUUAUAUAA